AGACAAUUUUGUAGCCUGCACCAUCAGCGAUUUUGGUUGGUCCGGCCCAUGCAGCGCCUUUUGCGCGCAGGUGCGGCACGGCACAUCGCACGAGUCGGACGACAAGCACGGCGCCCUGAGGCUGCCAGGUACAGAAGCUCCUUCGCACGAUGUGUGCCAAUCUCGGGGGUGGCGCCGAGCAGAACACCUCGCUGGACCAGGCCGUUUUCAACAGAGACCCAUGAGUUCAAGGCCGAGACCAAGAAGCUCUUAGACAUCGUCGCCAAGUCUCUCUACACAGACAAAGAGGUUUUCAUCAGAGAGUUGAUCUCCAACGCUUCGGAUGCUUGUGAAAAGCUUCGCUUCCUGCAGACGACGCAGCAGGUCAAGGACGUCAGCGACGCCGAGCGGCCGCUGCAAGUGACUCUUAGUGUGAAUGAGAGCGAGAGGAAGUUUGUGAUUGAAGAUUCCGGAAUUGGAAUGACCCAUGAUGAGCUGAUUGAGCAUCUGGGGACCAUUGCAAAGAGUGGCUCGUUGGACUUCCUCCAACGUGGCGAGUCCGAUGCCAGCAAGAUCAUUGGUCAGUUCGGAGUCGGCUUUUACUCCACCUUUGUUGUGGCAGACAAAGUCGAGGUCUACACCAAAACGGCGGACAAAGAAAAGGGUGAGAAAGGCUACCUUUGGACCUCCGAUGGUUCGGGGAGCUUCACCAUCACCGAAGUGGACGAGGUGCCCAGGGGAACGAAGAUCGAGUUAACGCUCAAGGACGACGCCACGGAGUUCUCGAAACUGGCGACGGUGAAGAAGGCAGCUCAAAAGUUUUCGUCCUUUAUCGAUUUUCCGAUUUAUGUCACAGAGGAAGGAGAGCCCAAGCCCAUCAAUAAGCAGGAGGCUCUUUGGAUGAAGAGCUCUGCAACGGAAGAGCAGCACCUUGAGUUCUUCCGCUUUCUGAGCGGGAACUCCUAUGGCAAGCCUUGGUACACAUUGAUGUACCAAACCGAUGCCCCUCUCUCCAUCAAAAGUUGCUUUUAUAUCCCGGAUCCUGACAACGCGCCAAGCCGUAUGUUCACCAAAGAUCCAGAAAUUGGUAUCUCUUUGCAUUCUCGACGGGUGAUGGUGAAGAAGCAUGCCGAUGGUGUGAUUCCAAAGUGGCUGCAUUGGAUGAAGGGCAUUGUCGAUUGUGAGGACAUGCCCAUGAACAUUAGUCGGGAGAGCAUGCAGGAUACACGCUUAAUGGAGAAGUUGAGCAUGGCUGUGGUGAGGCGGAUUCUGAGAUUUCUCCAACAGGAGGCAAAGAAGGAUCCUGAAAAAUAUCAGAAGUUCUUCAGAGGCUACUCUUACUUUCUGAAGGCUGGCCUCAUAGAAGACAAAGAGGGUAACUUCAGCCGCCACAAAGACGACUUGCUCAAACUGCUUCGCUUUGAGUGCUCCAACAAGGGAAAAGGUGAGCUGAUUUCCCUGGAGGAGUACAUUGAGAUGGCAAAGGAUGGCCAGCAGAACAUCUACUAUUUCACCUGUCCCGACCGCCAGACGGGCCUGUCUUCUCCGUAUAUGGAGCAGUUUCUCCAGCGACAGCGCAAUGUCAUUCUGAUGUACGAAGACAUCGAUGAAUUUGUUGUCAAUGCCAUCGAAGGCUUCAAGGACAAGAAGUUUGUUUCCGUGGAUUCCGCCGACAAGAAUUUCGAGCUAGACUUGGACAAGCCUGAAGAACCUGAAGAUACCGACAAGCGUGUUCUCACCGAAGAGGAACAAACACAGAUGCAGAAGUUCAUCAAAAGUGUCUUGAAGGAGAAGGUGCAAGAGGUGAAGUUUUCGGAUCGUUUGGUGAGCUCGCCAGCCAUUGUGACCAGCAUCAUCACCCCGCAUAUGCGCAAGAUGAUGAAAAGCUUAAUGGCUGGAAAGGAAAACGAUGGCUUUAACAACAUCCCCAUGACACUGGAGCUCAGCCCAAAGCACCACAUCGUCACCACGCUCCAAGUGAUUUUGGAGUCCAACGAGCCAGUGGCAAGGAUAGCAGUGGAGCAGUUGUACGACAACGCUUGCAUCGCUGCUGGCACAUUGGAUGAUCCACGCGUUUUGAUGUCCAGGCUAAACAAGGUUCUGGAGAUGUUUGUCUACCAGGGAGCUGGCUAUGACUAUGCCAAAGGCGAGUAUCGAAGCAGCGAGCCCAAGGUUGAGGAGACGGCCAAGACUUCUAAGGACACCGAGAGCAGUCCCGAGAGCUCCAGCGGCAGCACUGGUCCUUCGAGCAACUCCAGCUCCAAGUUUGAGGAGGUAAAGCCACAGUGAUGGACUGGCGGACUGAAGUUGUUCACAGAUGAACGGCCCGAAGCCGAACGCUCCUGGUGGAGAAAGAGAGUCGAAAGGAGUCUGGAGCACCGAACCAGCGACGAACUGUUGCUGGUGAGGUGCAGAAUCCGUUGGGUUCUACCACCGAAUUGACACAGAAUCCGUUGGGUUUUGCAUAUGGUUUUUGCAAUGCUAUUGUGUUC